AUGAGUUUAGUAUUUGAUGAAUAUGGACGUCCUUUUAUUAUCAUUCGUGAUCAAGGAGCAAAGGAUCGUUUAAAGGGUAUUGAAGCACAAAAGUCACAUAUUCUUGCAGCAAAGACUAUUGCCAAUAUCAUGAAAUCAUCACUCGGCCCAAAGGGUAUGGACAAGAUGAUCGUUUCACCAGACGGCGAUGUCACUGUCACCAACGACGGUGCCACCAUUCUCCAAAAUAUGUCGGUCGACAAUCAAAUCGGCAAGCUCAUGGUACAGCUAAGCAAGUCACAAGACGAUGAAAUCGGUGAUGGUACUACCGGUGUCGUCGUACUCGCUGGUUCCUUACUCGAACAAGCCGAAUCUCUCAUCGAAAAGGGUAUUCAUCCAAGUCGUAUCUCUGAAGGUUACGAAGUAGCUUGUCGUAUCGCCGUCAAGCACCUUCAAUCAAUCUCUGAUACUAUCGAAUUUGAUAAGGAAAACAUUGAACCAUUAGUUCAAACUGCUAUGACUUGUUUAGGUUCAAAGAUUGUCAAUCGUUAUCAUCGUCAAAUGGCUGAAAUUGCUGUCAAGGCUGUAUUAUCAGUUGCCACUUUGGAGAGAAAGGAUGUAAACUUUGAAAAUAUUAAAUUGGAAGGAAAGGAAGGUGGUAAAUUGGAAGACACCCAACUCAUCAACGGUAUCAUCAUUGACAAGGGUAUUUCACAUCCACAAAUGCCAACUGAAAUUAAAGACGCUAAAAUUUGUUUACUCACUUGUCCAUUUGAACCACCCAAACCAAAGACCAAGAAUACAUUGGAAAUUACAAACGCAGAGGAUUUCAAAAAGUUGAGUGACCUUGAAAAACAAUAUUUCAUCGAUAUGGUUAAAAAGGUAAAGGAUACUGGUGCCAACUUGGUCAUUUGUCAAUGGGGUUUCGAUGAUGAAGCCAAUCAUUUAUUACUUCAAAACAAUUUGCCAGCCGUCAGAUGGGUUGGUGGUCUCGACCUCGAAAAGAUUGCCAUGGCUACUGGUGGUCGUAUCGUUGCUCGUUUCGAAGAUGUCUCUGCCGACAAGUUGGGUCGUGCAGGUCUCGUCAAGGAAAUCGGUUUUGGUACUACCAAGGAUCGUUACUUGAGUAUUGAACAAUGUCCAAAUACCAAUGCUGUCACUAUUUUCGUUCGUGGUGGUAACAAAAUGAUUGUUGACGAAGCAAAGAGAAGUAUUCAUGACGCAUUAUGUGUUACACGUAAUUUAAUUAGAGAUAAUAGAGUUGUUUAUGGUGGUGGUUCAUCUGAUAUUUCAUGUGGACUCAAGAUUUCAUCGAUGGCAGACGAGAUUGCAACCAUUGAACAAUACGCCGUCCGUGCUUUUGCCGAUGCCCUCGACGCCAUUCCAUUGGCCUUGGCUGAAAACAGCGGUCUCCCACCCAUUGAAACCUUGGCCACCGUCAAGUCUGAACAAAUCAAACAAAAGUCAGCACUCUUGGGUAUUGACUGCAACCGUAGAGACACCAUCAAUAUGAAGGACCAACAUGUAUUCGACACACUCCCAGGAAAGAGCCAACAAUAUAUUUUGGCAUCACAAGUUGUUAAAAUGAUCCUCAAGAUUGAUGAUAUUAUCACUUUGAACGCUCAAGAAGAAUAA